CGCUGGAUGGGCUCGUGCGCUCCGCGCUCAUUAACACAGUAGCUGCUGGCUGACGCUCUGCGCGCGACCACUGGGACACGUCGCUCUAGGAUAGAAAGGACCGCGCGACACUACCUGUGUGCACUCGCUCAAACAGCCAUCACAAACCUCACGGCGAAGAAGCGAACAUCCGUCAGCUGUUGUCAACGGCGAAGACCGGCAGAGAUAGGAAAGUCGCAGGUGCGUUUUUUACUCAUUACACUUACGGAAACAAGCAUCAAGCUGAAAGACAUGAUCCAGAACCACGGGUGAAAGUUGCUAUAAAGAUUUCGAAGAGACACCCAGAGACCAACCAGUCGUUCGCUUCUGAUAACGUAACCACAUGAUUUAGUAGUUUGGAAAAUAGCAUACUUUGAUAACAACUCGAACCAGAAACGGAGAUCCUAACGCGCGGAAAGAUGUCCAGGAAGAAGACGGGCAAAGGCAGGACAGGGAGCGGCAGCAGCACAGCCAGCGCGUCGCCUAACAACAACACAGAGAGCGGCAAAAGUGGCAAAGGUGCUGGCGCCCCAGGUCAAACCAACGGAGUGGUCCACCCCAGCCGGCCGUCUCUCAGCAACAGUGGCGAGUUCUACGACCUUGCUUUCAAGGUGAUGCUGGUGGGAGACUCUGGCGUGGGGAAGACCUGUCUGCUGGUGCGUUUUAAAGAUGGAGCCUUCCUGGCCGGCAGCUUCAUCUCCACUGUGGGCAUUGACUUCAGGAACAAGGUGCUGAGCAUCGACAGUGUGAAGGUGAAACUGCAGAUCUGGGACACAGCAGGUCAGGAGCGAUUCAGGAGUGUGACCCAUGCUUACUACCGUGAUGCUCAUGCCCUUCUCCUCCUGUAUGAUGUCACCAAUAAGGCCUCCUUUGACAACAUCCAGGCGUGGUUGACAGAGGUUCAUGAGUUUGCCCAGAAGGAUGUGGUGCUCAUGCUCCUGGGAAAUAAGGCUGAUGCCACACAUGAUAGAGUGGUCAAGAGAGAGGAAGGAGAAAAGCUGGCCAAGGAGUGUGGAGUGCCCUUUAUGGAGACCAGUGCCAAAUCUGGCCUGAAUGUGGAGCUGGCAUUCACAGCAGUGGCAAAAGAGCUGAAGCAUCGUCUGAUGAGAGAGCCGAGUGAGAAGUUCCAGCUGCAGGAGUACGUCAACAAGGAGAUGAAGGGAGCUGGAUGCUGCAGGACCUAGACAUCACCCAGCACUGUGUGUGUGUGUGUUGCAGGACCUAGACAUCACCCAGCACUGUGUGUGUGUGUGUGUGUGUUUGGAGUGUGUUGCAGGACCUAGACAUCACCCGGCACUGUGUGUGUGUGUGUGUUUGGAGUGUGUUGCAGGACCUAGACAUCACCCAGCACUGUGUGUGUGUGUGUGUGUGUGUUUGGAGUGUGUUGCAGGACCUAGACAUCACCCAGCACUGUGUGUGUGUGUGUGUGUGUGUGUGUGUGUGUGCUGCAGGACCUAGACAUCACCCAGCACUGUGUGUGUGCGUGCGUGUGUACGUAUCUGUGUGUGUUUGUGUGUGUGUUUGGAGUGUGUUGUCUCUGUGUCGAUGUGUGUGAGUACAUGUGCGUGUGUGUGUUGUAUAUAGUCCGAGUGCAUAUCUGAGCCAGAUUCUGUCUGCUAUGCUCAUUGCGCGUUGUGUUCAUGUGAAAACCUUAAAAGCUUCGACCCACCUUUACUUUCAGUUCUGAAUGUACCUGCCCAAAACCUCCAGAAUCUCUUUCAGAAUCUCUCUCUCUCUCUGUCACUCUCUCUCACACACACACAUACACGCUCACCUACACACACACACACACAAGGGGGAUCUUUUUUGUGCAAUACCUUAUGAAUGUACAGUUUCAUAGUAUGAGUUCAGAGCAUAAAGUGAGCAUUUAAUGUCUAAUGUAAAGUAACUGUUUUGUAGAUGUUCCGAACUGUAGUUGGGUUCUGAAAUGUAGACCAGUAGACACCUAAGAGAAUGUAGAACAUAGAACGUAGAACGUUGAGUCCCCGUCUACCAGCCGCUGAUGUCAUCAAUGGCAAUAUGGAUGUGAUGUCAUUCCGUGCUCUGCGUUCAUGUCUCAUGUAAUGUGUUGUACAGGUAUUUUAUCAACAGCAUUUCAACACAAUGUACAUUACUUUUGUUCUGCAUCUCAAUUUAUGCAGUGUUGAUAUUUUGAAAAUGUAACACACACAUAUGAAAUACAAUUUUAAUCAAGUUGAUAUUUGAUAUUUUAACAAAUUCAUUGUAGAAAUGUUUAUCAAUUUUUCAAUAUUUUAAGAAUGACUAAGACAGUAUUGUACCAAUCUGUUGUACAUGUUGUGUUUUCUCUCUCAAUGGAUUUCUAAUGGUCGUUAAGACUUGUAAAAGACCCUCACCUCUGACAGAGCAUUGUAAAGGGAUUUCUGAUGUAUAUGUUGAUUUCUUGCUUAUCUCUAUGGCUUCAGUGAAUCAGUUUAUGCACACGCUUCUGUUGAAAAAGGUUUUUUUUCUAUUGCACCCGGAAUUCUCUCAUAAUAAAGAAAAUGGUAAAGCUU